AAAAGAACAAGAACAAUCUCAGGGAAGCCAACUCUUGGAAAUUUUCAUUUGGCCGCUAAUUGUUUUUGGUUUAGCAAAAAUGGGUCGAAAUAUCGAUAAAGCUCAGUUAAAAUUAUGUGAUCCAAGUGUGCUUAUCCCUCAGAUGCGUUAACCCCAACUCUCUACAAUUCAAUUCAACCUCUGGGUCGUGGGUUUGAUUUCACUUCUGAUAUAAGCCUUCUGUGCUGCAAGGGAGGACCUGGGUCGAGGUUGGUUCAGGUCGAUGAGGAUCACACCAGGGAACUUCCUGUCUCCGAUGGGGUUGUGGUGUCGAAUGUGCCCACUCACGUUGAGGGCUCGACGGGUAAGAGGAGCACUGACAGAGUGCCGGUUUUCAUGAGGUGAGAUGAUGUUUCUGCAGAUGGGUUUCUUACUUGUUGGUUGUUUCUGGUAAUUUGAAUCGGCUGCCCUUGAAUUGUUUGGUGUUAGUGUGAAUUGCGUUUGUGUUUCUUGCUCCCUGCAACCACCGCCCCCACUUAUUUUUAAUUGGUGUUAAUCACCUCUGAUAAUUACCUCUAACAAAUAUUGGUUUUUAGAAUUCUGAAGCAAUGCAACAUUUACGGAGAGAUUACCUGACUAUACCUGGCCAAUGAGUUUCUUGCGUUUCCUGUAAGUAUGUCGUUGCAUGAAUCAUUGAUAAUAGAAUUUUUAAUUUGCUUGAGAUAGAAACUACGUAUUAUCUGAUAUAAAUUUGAAAAGGAAAAGAAAAGAAAAGACAAUAAUUUGUAACUUAAGUGAUCUGAUACCUUCUCUCCUAGCAAUUAAUAAGUAAUAAGCCGAUUGAAUUUUUUCUAGUUGAUUUUGGACCGUGAUCUUAGUUUUAACAGUUUAAAUGGUGAACUUCCCAAUGUCAUAGCUGCUCCAAAGACAAAAUAUAUGUAAGUCACCCCC